AUGGUCAGUCCAAAGUCACGUGUCAGUCGGACGGAACGUGGAAUGUAAACACUCCCUUACUGUACAGACAAAGCCCCGUCUGACGAAGGUAUGACUGACGAAACAAAGAUUCUGAUUGGCGUGUUGGUCGGUGUGGGUGCUGUCGUCGUCAUGGUACUCUUAUGUAUCGUGUGUGUUGUCCAGGGAACAGCCAAGUCUCGACGACAAAAAAGGUCAGCAAACAAAGGUUUCCAAACAAACAAAGGUUACACUGAAGAGGUUUCCUACGUUUUGCCUCCGAUGUCCAGCGCCCCUCCCUCAUACCGUGCCGACAACUUAUACAGGACCGAUAACCCGUAUAGGGGAGAUAAUCCAUACAGUGGAUAUGAAACGUCUUACCGACGAGAUGAAUCUGUCCUUGACAAGAACGAUAACCGCUACAGACCUCGAAGUACAAGUGUUGACGUCACGUACAGUCGUCCCGUAGAUACCCGGCCACAAAAAGCCCACUCUGUCACAGGGUCAUUGACUAAAGGCACCCGCGGGGCCCAGAUGUUCUAUAUUUAUAAAGGUGACCCAGACCGGAACCGGAAACAAAGUCAUCGAGACAAAGAACGGGAUCGACCUGUAAGCGAGAUUAACAACAGACAGGAAAAAGCUCAGAGUGAUUACGGUUUUCAGGUUGGAAAUUGGAGAAAUCCACCUUACCGAGGACAAGUCGGGAGUUCCGAACGCUCCGCACCAGUUUCUCGUCUUCCACGGAAUAACUCUGACUUGGUAAGGGCGGAUUGGUCAUCCCAGACAGACAUGAGAUAUGUGGACGAAUUUAACACGAGAGCUCUAUUCCAUGGCCGUGACCCCUUCCUGUGGCGCCCUGUAGACACGAAUUGGGGAUUCCACCUGAACAGGCAUGAUAUUUAG